CCAUUCCAUAUCGCGAGUCUCGAUAUUCCACGUAAUUUUAGCCCUAGUAAACUAUUUUAUUCACAUUUAAAAGCUUGUAAUAAAUCAACAUCCUUACAGUUUUCAUUCAAACAGUAUUUCAAGUCAGCCUCACCAGUAAAUCGUCGAAAUGGCGCGCGGUAAAGACAAAAAGAAACGUAAGCUGGAGAAGAAACAAGAAGGUGAUGAUGUGCCAAAGAAGGUGCCGCACACCCUGGAGUCUCUCCGAGAGAAGGAUGAGACCAUGCUGGUGCAUGCGGAGGCUGAGGAACAGGAGGAGGCUCAAAAGGACAUGGAGCUCGACGAGCUAUCGUCUUACUACCAGAACUCGUACGAGCCGAAGGUGCUCAUAACUUACUCCGACAACCCGCACACCAAGACGCGCAUCUUCGGCCGCGAGCUGGGGCGGAUCAUACCCAACUCCGUGUCCCGAUAUAGACAGAGGUCUUCAAUAAAGAGGAUAGUCCAGUCAGCCAUACGCGAGGACGUGACGGACGUGAUCAUAGUGAACGAGAACCAGAAGCAGCCCAACGGGUUCCUCCUCAUCCACCUCCCCGACGGACCAACCGCCCACUUCAGGCUGUCCAGCUGUAAGAUCACCCCGGAGCUCAGGAAGGACUAUAAGGAGAUCACCACACAUCGGCCAGAGGUGAUCCUGAACAACUUCAGCACCCGGCUCGGGCUGACGGUGGGCCGCAUGCUGGGCGCGCUGUUCCACCGCGAGCCGCAGUUCCGCGGCCGCCGCGCCGUCACCUUCCACAACCAGCGCGACUACAUAUUCUUCAGGCACCACAGGUACGAGUUCACAAAGGACGGCGCGCGAGCGCGGCUCUGCGAGCUGGGGCCGCGCUUCACGCUGCGCCUCGUCUCGCUGCAGCAGGGCACCUUCGACUCCAAGAGGGGGGACUACGAGUGGAUCAUCGCCGGCCGGAGGCACCAGCUCGAGACCUCCCGGAGGAGGUUCUUCCUCUAG